GACCGCGCGGGGUCUCCAAUCUGCCAUUUUCUGAGGCAGAGUCAGUUUGUGGCGUUCCAGGUGGUUGUCUGUGUCUUUUACACAGGCUAUCUUCUCCCCCCACCCCGCCCGCCACGGGAGCGCUUCUACCGGGGAAACGAUGACCACAGAGUCUACAGCCACUGCUGCCAUCGCCGCGGAGCCGGUUUCCGCUGACAAAAUUGAAGAUGCUCCUGCUCCUUCUACCUCUGCAGAUAAAGUGGAGAGUCUGGAUGUGGAUAGCGAAGCUAAGAAACUAUUGGGAUUGGGACAGAAAAAUCUGGUGAUGGGAGAUAUUCCAGCAGCUGUAAAUGCAUUCCAGGAGGCAGCCAGUCUUUUAGGUAAGAAAUAUGGAGAAACAGCUAAUGAGUGUGGAGAAGCCUUCUUUUACUACGGGAAAUCACUUUUGGAGUUGGCAAGAAUGGAGAAUGGAGUGUUGGGAAAUGCUUUAGAAGGUGUGCGUGUGGAAGAGGAAGAAGAAAAAACAGAAGAUGAAUCUCUGGUAGAAAAUAAUGAUAAUGUAGAUGAGGAAGCAAGGGAAGAGUUGAGAGAACAGGUUUAUGACGCCAUGGGAGAAAAAGAAGAAGCAAAAAAAACAGAAGGAAAGUCUCUGGCAAAGCCUGAAACUGAUACAGAACAGGAGAGUGAAAUGGAGAAGGGUGAAGGAGAAGAGAUGGAUAUAAGUGAGCCUGCAGAGAAGCUACAGGAAAGAGUUGAACCAACUUCCAAUCAGUUAACUGAAACCUCUGAAGAGGCAAAAGAAGCAACAGUACCAGAAGGACUGAAUGAUGCUGAGGUUACUUCUGGGAAACCAAAACAGGAAUUAUACAAUGAGGAAGGAAAAGUUUCUGGAGCUGAUGUUCAAAAUAAAGAGUGCAGUGAAAAAGGGAUUCAGGAGAAGCAGGGAGAGGAAAUUUUGAGCAAGGAGGAAAAGCCAGAAGAAGCUUCAAAAGAUGAACUUUCAGUCCCUGAAAAGCAGGGCUCUUCAGUGGAGGUAGAAGCAGAGUCAGUAGAUUCAACAGUGAAGUCAGUGGAUGUGGGUGGUGGUGAGCCAAAGGAGCUGGUAACUACCUCUGACAAUGAGCCAGGAACGGAUGUUCUUGAGCAACUGGUAGGGCAGGAUGUGCCUUCUGUUGAAGAGUCACUAAUGUUGACUGCAGAGGCUGGAUUGGCAGUCUCUGAGGAACCUCAGCAGGAGAUCGUAGUUGUCCCCAAGGAUGGUGUAGUCAAUGGACUGUCAGCUGUAGGAGCUCAGACCUCUAGUGAACUACCUACUUCAGAAAGACUGACAGAAACUAAAGAUGAUGACUCAAAUUCAAAUGUAGAGGAGGUCAAGGCAGAGCUGAUUCCUAGCCAGGAGGAGACUAAACUACCUGUAGAAGAGUCUGAGGCAGCUGGAGAUGGGUUAGAGACCAAGGUAGCCCAGAGAGCUACUGAGAAAGCAUCUGAAGACAAAAUUAAGAUAGCUGCUAAUGAAGAGAAACAAGAGAGAGAAGAACAGAUGAAAGAGGGUGAAGAAACUGAAGGCUCAGAGGAGGAGGACAAAGAUAAUGACAAAGCUGAAGAAACCCCAAAUGAAUCAGUUCUAGAAAAUAAGUCUCUCCAAGAAAAUGAAGAAGAGGAGAUUGGAAACCUAGAGCUUGCCUGGGAUAUGCUGGACUUAGCAAAGAUCAUUUUUAAAAGGCAAGAAACAAGAGAAGCCCAGCUUUGUGCUGCACAGGCACACCUUAAACUUGGAGAAGUUAGUGUUGAAUCUGAGAAUUACAUUCAAGCAGUAGAAGAGUUCCAGGCUUGCUUAAACCUGCAAGAACAGUAUUUGGAAGCACAUGACCGUCUCCUUGCUGAGACUCACUAUCAGUUGGGCUUGGCCUAUGGUUAUAACUCACAAUAUGACGAGGCAGUGUCACAAUUCAACAAAUCUAUUGAAGUCAUUGAGAAGAGAAUGGCUGUACUAAAUGAUCAGAUGAAGGAAGCUGAAGGAUCAUUUACUGAAUAUGAAAAAGAAAUUGAAGAACUGAAGGAGCUGCUACCUGAAAUAAGAGAGAAGAUAGAAGAUGCAAAGGAGUCCCAGCGUAGUGGGAAUGUAGCUGAAUUGGCUCUGAAAGCCACUCUGGUGGAAAGCUCUACUUCAGGCUUCACUUCCAGUGGAGGAGGCUCUUCAGUCUCCAUGAUUGCCAGUAGAAAAUCAACAGAUGGUGCUUCCUCGUCGAAUAGUGUGACUGAUAUUUCCCAUCUUGUGAGAAAAAAGAGGAAACCAGAGGAAGAGAGCCCCCGGAAAGAUGAAGCAAAGAAAGCCAAACAGGAGCUGGAGGUGAAUGGAGGCAGCGGGGAUGCUGUCCCCAGUGGAGAUGAAGUUUCGGAAAACAUGGAGGCUGAGACUGAGAAUCGGGCUGAAAGCCAUGCAGCAGUGGAGGGGACAGUGGAAGCUACAGCUACAGUUGAAAGCACUGCAUGUUAAGAGCAGGAGCAGAAUCCUCUCAAGGGAAUGUGGUUUUGUAUAUAAUGUAUUUUUUCACUUUGAGGACCCAUUUUGUAUAACUUCAAUAAAGAUGUAAGCAAAGGUAAGGCUUUGAUGGCUUUUUUUCUUAAAUACUGGUUGAAUCUGUGCCUUGGAGCACACUAGGGCUUAUAGUGGCCAAAGCUGCUUUCUUCUGAAUUGGUCGCUGUUGAACACCUUGAUUCCUCUAAUGUGGAUGGAAAUGAAAAUCAUCAUUGGUGCUAUGUUUCUUUUUCCUAAAUACUUGACUGAACUCAGCUGUCUUGCAAACUUUCAUUGGUGCUGUCUCUGAAAAGGGGCUACUAAAACAAGUUUCAGUGAUGAUCUUACUAUUUGAUGCUGAAUGGUUAAUGAAACAGGCCUCAGUAUCUUCUGUUCAUUAUGGCCCUGCUCUCCACCUAGGGCAAGUCCUGUCCUGGGAAAACUGAAAGAAACUUGGGGAAGUCAUCCUUGACAAAAAGAGUUAAUAUUUAAUUAGAACUGAGUUCUCUGAUUUAAAGGGACUGAGACUGAAGGGGCAGACAAGUGAAUAUAAUUGGAAAAAUCUGUGGUGCAAGCUCUGUUGAAUAUUACCUUUGUUAUUUUCUGUAUAGAAAGGUUGAAGUAUGUUAAUUGGAAUUGUUACACUGUCUGCAGUUUUGAACUAAAUAAAGAUGCUAAUAAACAA